AGUCUGUCAAUGAGAGGAAAAUUUAUUGUACUUUCGUGAUCAAGUUGCUUUUUUUCUUCAAAUUCAUGAGAUGACGGGAUAAACCAAUAACGCUAAUAAAAUCAUUAUUAGAUAAAAAUGUGAUGUCCACAAAGACAAACGCAGAAUUUAAAAAGUUCGGCUGGGGUGGGGGAGAGGGGGGGCCAGCUGAAGAGGCACUAGGCGCUGUCGUUCCAAGGGAGGGGGUGAAAAGCGUAACGAUAGCGGAAGGGAUUGGUGGUAGAUUCUCAGUUGUAAAUAAUUCGUAACCAAUCUACAAGACGCUCGGUGUGUAUCAAUCUUGUUCUCAAAUUGAUUACGUAAUCCUUAAGGCGGUGGCACACCGCUGACUGACAACAGGGAUGAUUGCAUGCGCUCAUGAUCAAAGCACGAGAUUGUUGGUGUUUCGCAUCCCUAUAGAGGAGGAACAUGUACACGCCAGAGCUCAUUUGCAGAUCAUUAUUUAGAGAUAUUUAUGUUUCGUAGCGACUGGCCUCUCCACCAAUCAUACGAGGCAAGGUUAAAAUGAAAACUAAAAAUGAAAUAACAUACAUUGCCACAGGUUGACGUACUAGUGGCUAUAAAUUGUUGUCUGAACUGUUGCAGCUUGUGAGUCACGCAAAAAACUACGACAUGGAAGAGGUGAGGUUUCGUCUUGCUCGGCUGAGCGAUUUCGACGAAGUCGUGAAUUUGUCGAGGGGUAUUUACAAGGGGCAUGACUAUCUACCACUUGAAUUUCACAGAUGGAUGAAGAUGGGGGAUUUCGCUGUUAUGGUUGCUGUUGUCGGUGAAAAACUAGUUGGUUUGAGAGCUGGUUUUAUCGUGGACGAUGGAAAGACCUGUAUUCGACGCGCGGGGCGCGUCCUUCCAGAAUACCGCGGUCGCGGCGUUAGCAAAAAGCUCUCGCAGGUGCUCGAUGAAUACGUCCGACACAAUUUCCCGAGUGUUAUUCGAGUGCGCUUCGUAACUAGGUACAACGACUUUAGCGAGAACUCAUUAGCUAAGUUGAAGACAAUUCGCCAGUUCGAAGCCUUGUCUUACGAUAUUGGCCGCGAGGAAGCGCCUCGUGCAAAAGAAAAGAGCCAAGAAAUUCCAGCUGUCGGGAUUGCUAGAUGCACCAAAGAAUAUAUUUCGGAUGUUAUUUUUUCUAGCCCUGCAGGACAACAGCUAUGUUCAGACGGUAUUCUUCUCUACGACCGUCUUCCCUUCGAGCUGCGUAGUUCAAACUUUGAAAAGCUGUUGGAAGAAUUUGAGAAUCUCGAAUUUUACACCGAGAAAUGUUGCGCCAAUUCUUUCCCAAAGUCAUUCAGCUUUGGGUGUGUUACCCCUCGAGUUGAUUACAUUCACUGGACGACGUACAUUUACGCGAGCGACGUAUGUCUCUACCAAGCUCAUCUUUUACAUCAAUUCAAGCGUGCUUGCGAAGCUAUCAAAGGCCGUUUUAUCUUCGUUUCGUCGGUUCAAAGCGAACGUUUGAGUUCUCAUGGAAAAAUACUGAUGGAAGACAAAUUGCAUCUUAAAAAAUCAGACAAUCUUCAAGAAAUAAAGUUGUAUAUUUUUGAGUUGGAUUUGCUACAACGGGACAGCUGAUCUCAUGAUUUAAAGAAGAGCCAUUCUACUAAGUUCGACCAAAUUUGGUUUUCAGUAGCGUCCUUUAAAACAAAACAUCGCACCCGCAGCUUUGCAGGGCGCCGCAAUGAGGGAACAGACUAAUGAAGAAAAGUACUUGAACAACGCAGACAGAAAUUUAAAUUUAUGAACCAAUCUUAGUUAUAAUACUAAGAUCCUUUCAAAUACGGCAGCUAAUUUUGGUUUAAUUUAGUGUAAGAAACGCGCUUACGUUUAAAAUGUCGCGUACAGUACUGGAAAAUUCCAAUUUAGCGAACAACCAAUUACUAAAUAAUUUUUUUCCUUAAUUUCAGCAAAUGAAGAACAACAUAUUUCCGCGCUAGACAAAAUAGUUAAAUCUGAUAUAAUUGCUCGCUCAGUUCCAUUUAAAGUGGAAAAUAUGUACGCCUAUUUCGGUUUAAGGAGCACCAUUCAUUGAAGUUAUUUUUCAAGCAGUUGAUAGUUAAUGUUUAAUGAGCGGUUUGCAGUACUAUUGAAAACUAAAUAAUGGUUUAUUGUUUAGUUUUAUCUUAAGUACCCUUACUUUGAUUUAGUAUUGAAACAAACGGUAAGUAUAUGGAAGUGUUCGGGAACGCAGCAAUUCGAUA